UCCACAGUGUUUCCACAGAGCGCUGCACAAGUCCUAAAUAGAGCUGCUACCUUAGUGAAGUUGUCCAGCAUCCCUGUCCAGAGAGCUCUAUUGCAGGCACCAUGCUCCUCAGAGUAUCUCUCCUGCUCAUCUCCGGAUCCAUUCUCCUCAAUUGCAUCCCUGCACAGAGGAUUAGAGUGAGAAGACAGAACAUGAAGGUUCGCAUCAACGCUACGGGCGACACCAUCGUGAUGAAGUUUGUCCGUCCCAACCCUGACACCAAGCUGGAGGGCUACAUCCUGGGCUACGGCAGCAGCAUGUUCUCUAAACAGUUCAUCCAGCUGCCUGAGAAUGGAGAGCCCUACGAGACUGAGAUAGACGCUGAACCCAAGUAUCUUGUUGCUGUCCAGCCAAUCCCGAGCAACGACGUAAAGAAACAAUGCACAGGAAAGGUCAACCUGGAGAAGCCACUCCACCUGGUUAUUGGCUCUGUCACCCCAACCUCUGUGCUGCUGUCCUGGGGAACCUUCCUGAAGACGCCCUACGAAGCAGGCAACAUCAUGAACGACUGUUUGGAAGACGGACACUACACCGUCCGCUACAGGGAGAGGAACAGGAAGUGGAUCUACCAGACCUGCCCCACCAGCGACACUGUGGUUGACAACCUGAAGCCCGACACCCCAUAUGAGUUUGGGGUCCGCUCCAACAAAGAUGAACGCAGCGGAAUCUGGAGCAAGCCUGUCAUUCACAAAACCAACAUGGGCGCAGGGUUGGACAAAAGCGUCCAGAAACCCUACAAGCACCGGACCCCUAUUGUGAAGCCAAUGAAACCACCCAUGUCCCGUGCACUUUUCCCACCUCGUCCAGCUAUUCACAAUAAGACUCAGCCUAGACUCCCUCUGACCAAAAACCAAGGUUUCCCAGGAGCUCCCAAGACAUCUUUUGCACCACCAGAGAGACACCUGGAAGCUAGACCUGACCCCCGCUCCAAUGAGCCUCAAUGGCCACAGUUCCCACUGGACGGAGGAAACAGUAUUAGAAAUGCUUCCUCUCAUCUCGUGGACCUCCCUCCUGCCCCCCCCCAACUCCUGCCCACCAAAACCCCCAGUACCUCCUCUGCCACCCCUGUCCUUAACAACCCCUCUCCACCCGGUGAAAAGCAACAGGGAAAGACCCAACCCAGGGGACCUACUAGCACCACAGUGAAGACACAUAACCCUUCCUCUGCUCUCAGCGAAUCACAGAAAGGAGCAUCACUGCUAACCCCCGCCCUGGGCAGUGAGAAAGCCAAUAACAACAACUUGGGUCAAGGCAGCCAGAGAAAUUUGAAACCCCAUGGCCCGGCCAUCACACUGAUAGCCAGGACCAUGAAGUCUCCUGCUGCCACAAACCCUCUCUUUCCCUUCACUGAUGGCUCAAGACAAGAUACCCCAUCCUCCUCCUCCUCUUCUUCUUCCUCAUCCUCCUCCUCAUCCCUUCUUCACAGGUCUAAUAACUCAUCACAGACCUCCGGAACAACAGGGGGUCAAGGCAGCCAGAGAAAUUUGAAACCCCAUGGCCCGGCCAUCACACUGAUAGGCAGGACCAUGAAGUCUCCUGCUGCCACAAACCCUCUCUUUCCCUUCACUGAUGGCUCAAGACAAGAUACCCCAUCCUCCUCCUCUUCCUCUUCCUCAUCCCUUCUUCGUAGGACUAAUAACUCAUCACAGACCUCCAGGACACCAGGGGGUCAAGGCAGCCAGAGAAAUUUGAAACCCCAUGGCCCGGCCAUCACACUGAUAGGCAGGACCAUGAAGUCUCCUGCUGCCACAAACCCUCUCUUUCCCUUCACUGAUGGCUCAAGACAAGAUACCCCAUCCUCCUCCUCUUCCUCUUCCUCAUCCCUUCUUCGUAGGACUAAUAACUCAUCACAGACCUCCAGGACACCAGGGGCCAAUGGUAAGCAUCACAAAGGAACCGGCCUCCCCAAACCAGUCGUUUGGAACAGACUGAGAAUGGGAUCUCGUCCGUCCAUUCCUGUCAACAAAAAGACCAACCUGGUUGGCAAACCUGGUGAUAUGAACAAGCUGAAUGUCUUGAAGCAAACGGACAAGGCCUCCAUUUUGAGGAGGUUUCCGUCAGUGACGACUAAACCUGCCAAGCAAGACCGCAGACACACAACAACGACUGCACCAUCAGCCAACGACAUCUGGUUUGAAACCUGGGAGAACUCCUCAUUAUUCAGCUCCCUACCAGCCUCUGACGUGGACGCAUUGGGAAAGAAACGUUUUGUUGCACCCCAUGUAGUCUACAAGACGGACAAGAAACCAGACGAGCCUUGUUCCAUCACCACCUCUCUCAGCUACUUCCCAGAGGAGGAGGGCGGGGAGACAAACGUGACAGCCCCGCCCAAGUCUCCGCCCUCCAACCUCACCGUGGUAACGGUGGAGGGAUGCCCCUCCUUCAUCAUUCUAGACUGGGAAAAGACAGACAACGACACCACAGAAUAUGAGGUCAUCUCCACGACGAAGGGACCAGAUGGUACUCAGGUGUCCAUCCUGACCACCAACCAGACUCACACUGCAGUAGAGAACCUCAAACCCGAGAGCAGCUACGAGUUCAAGGUGAAACCCAAGAACGAGCUUGGAGAGGGGCCACCCAGUGAGCCUGUGUCUUUCAACACUGAAUCAGCGGACCCACGUGUGAGUGAGAAUGUCUCAGGAAAAGAUGCCAUCUGGACCCAGUUCCCCUUCAAGACAGACUCAUACUCAGAGUGCAAUGGCAAGCAGUAUGUGAAGAGGACCUGGUACCGCAAGUUUGUGGGCAUCCAGCUCUGCAACUCCCUCCGAUACAAGAUAUAUCUGAGUGAUUCUCUCAACGGUAAAUUUUACAACAUUGGGGACCAGACUGGCCAUGGUGAGGACCACUGUCAGUUUGUAGACUCGUUCCUGGAUGGGAGGACAGGAAACCAAGUCAGGGCUGACCAGCUGCCAGCAAGAGAAGGGUAUUACAGGGCUAUGAGACAAGAGCCUGUCAACUUUGGUCAGAUAGGAGGGAACUCUCACGUCACCUACGUGUCAUGGUACGAGUGUGGAACGGCCAUUCCUGGCAAAUGGUAGGACCCCCCCCAAAGCUGUCUGUGGAGAAGCCCGAAGGAUAUACAGUACAUAUCAAACAGUCUGGGAAGGUGGCAGGAAGGGUCCUUCUAUGCAUCCAAUCAAUCUCUGGAUGCUACAUAUCCCCAUCCAUCUGCCUCCAAACCCCAGCCAUGUAAAAACCUGUACAGGAUCUCCGAGUCAGGUUAAUAUAAUGUCCAUAUGUAAUAGCCUUAUCUUAUUUAUCAAACAUGACAAAAAGGCAAAGGGAUAAAAAGAACAUAGUAUGAGAUAAAUGGAGAAACUUCUAACUAACAGUGUGAGGUAACAAACAUACAGUAGAUAUCUUUUUUUAAAUUUUUUAUAAUGGGAAGCUGGCUCCCUGAAACUUAUUUUGAUAACGUGUAUAAUAUUAUUUAUCAAAGUGUUUGAUGCCAUGUUCCGAGUUCUAGGAAAUGGGUUAUAAUGCAACGCUUUUGCUGUACAGUACAAGUUGUAGAGUUUCAGACAACCUGCUGGAAUUUCAUGGUUUCAUUCAGUGACCGAUUCAUGGUGCAAGAAUUGUCCCAUAAUUUGGUCCGUCUUAGGGCUCUAUUCAAUCCAUAUCGCUGAAGCUCAGCGUUGCAGCACGAUUGAAAUUUAAAGGCAAUAUUCCCGAGUUAGCGGAGACUGCAUUCAUGGUAAACGCUGCAUAUGUCAGCUCAAUGGGAAAUUACCUUCACAUUUCCAUCACGCAAUCUGUAACGCUUCAGCGAAACAAAUUGAAUCCAGCCCUAGUUCAAUCUACACCUUCAGAGAAGAUAAUGCUGUAAAUAUUAACAUGAAGUCCACUCUCACACAUAUCCACUAACCAGUGGAGGCUGCUGAGGGGAGGACGGCUCAUAAUAAUGGCUGGAACGGAGUGAAUGGAAUGGCAUUAAACAUAUGGAAACCAUGUAUUUGCUGUAUUUGAAAACAUUCCACUAAUUCCCCUCCAGUUAUUACCACGAGCCCGUCCUCCCCAAUUACGGUGCCACCAACCUCCUGUGCCAGUAGUUCAUUGUAUGAAUGUUGACCGAGCAAAGUCACCUAAAACCAAAAACAAGCAUUGGAAAAUAAGCACACACGCUGAGGACGUCUCGUACCAAACCAAUACUUCUCCUUCAUUAGCCCUGAUAUAUGGGGUGGCUGUGCAUGGGAGGUCUUUACACUUGCAAUUUGCACAGCAUAAAUGUAUUUAUAUGUAUAUGGAGAGAAAGUAUUUUUUUCAACUAACUUUUUCAAAAGACACGUCCCUUAAAGCAAACGCUCAUACUUCACAGUGUUCCACUGGCAACAUUUUACAUCCUCUGAUACAACACGUUGUAUAUAUAUCAUGUUGGAAAAUAAGAGGGAUAUCUUUUCUUCUUAGUAGCCUUGAUAAAUGGUACAGUGAGGAGUCCUGUUGAAUGAUUUCUUAGUUUUGUACAAAAAUACACUUUUGGCUCAAUGCGCUUGCAGAUCAGUGUUUUUAUACUUAUUUUUUAUGGAGAAUAUUUGUCAUAUGGAACUGUACUCUUGUUUUUGUAAACACACUUUCAUUUCUGUAUCUAUUUUCAAUAAUAAAAACAGAAGUUCUGUUACUUUUUUAUUUAAAAAAAUAUGUCCUUGCCAUUUUUCACUUUGGGUAACUAGAGUGAUAGUGUUUUCUGGUUGAAGGAGCGUACAGGUGGAACUUGAAAAAUAAACUGCCUUCCUUAA